AUGCUUUUGCCCUUCACACCGCAGAGAAAGUCUCCUUUGCCGUUGAAUUCGAUGUUCACUUACCCCUGAUGUCCUCGUAGCACUCUCUCUGCGCGGUAAAGACACCCGCAAUGACAUCGACCUUCGCCACACAGUUGCGCAGCAUCGCCGCAAAUGCCAACAACGAGUUAGAUCUCCGCGCCCGUCGAGAUGCUCAUGCCGAAUCUCUCAUAUUCGAUCGACCGGUGGCUGCGAAGCAAGAUUGGGAUACAAUUUACCAAAUAUGCGUCGAUGGCUUUCAAGAGUUGUGCCUGUUAGACUCGAGACUGCGGGAAUUCGAGCAGAACCUUUACAGCCCCCAGGCCAAGGAUCAAGACAGAGAACAAUUAAGCAAAACACAGAACGAAGCUCUCGGAGUCGUGGUAGAGCGAUGUUUGGCCCUACUUGGGUCCAAAGUCGUCCUCCGCCCGGGUGUAAGAGCGGUCGAGUGGCUCAUCAGAAGAUUUCGGGUCCACGUCUACAACACCAGUGCCCUUCUUGCAACUUUCCUACCUUACCACGAGACCCUCGUCUUCCGAAGCGUUCUGAGCAUCAUACCUGCAAAUAAAAUUGUCAACGAGUGGAAAUUCCUAGGACCUUACCACAAAAUCGCAGCCAAUGUACCCCGCCACGCUUUGGUCUACAGCGCCAUUAAUAACAACGCAUUCUUCUCAUACUUCAACAAUUACACGUUGCGGGCCUGCCAGGAGGGCGCUGGUCAUCCACAUCUGGUCCGGUUCUGGGGAAGCCUGGUGAUUGAGGCGGUAACAGGACGCCUCAAUCAAGUCAGAAGUGGGAGGAAAGAGGUGGAGAAACAACGACUAGAAGACGCUCUGCUGAAAAUAUUUCCAUUCCUAGUUGAGGGCUUCGAGAUCAGGGAUUGCCCAGAAGUCUCUGUGACAUGCUUCACGACAGCCCUUCUUCUGGCAAGCAAUUCAAGUCUUGAAGAUAGCACGAUCGAUUCUUUGAUGAGAGCAGUCGCACCACACAUCGCCGACACCGGUUCCGACCCGAAGUCAGCAUUGGCGUGUGUGACCAUCCUUGCUGCCAGGAAAACUGAAAUCAAGGUACCAAAGGUCGUCCUUGACACUUUUAUCAAAAUGAGUGACCUGAAAGAAAGACUGCUCGAGCUCAAAAGCCAAGUGCCUGUCGAUACGUUAGUCGAAAGUCUGAUCACCUCGUCGCUCGCAGGUUUGAAAAGGUCGAACUUGGAAGCUCGGGUUACCUUCAUUGAGAGGCUGUUUGACAUGAGCCCCGAGGUGGUAGAUGCAACGAUUACUAGCAGUCUCAUUGCAAUCCUGCUGCGCAAGUUGAAAGCUACGACUGACGAUACUACUCGAGGACAGCUUAUCCCUCUGCUGCAGAAGCUAAAUGAUAAUGUUGCCUUCUCCCCUGCGUUUUCGCAGGCUGUGCAGCUGGCGGGCCAGUCCUUUACCGAAGUUGAGGCGGCUAUUGAAGGCACCAUUGAGACGACGACCGGCCUUGGUUUGAUUGAAUCUGACCGGAUGGAGCUCGACGGGCCAAGAACAGAAGUCUUUCCUGAAUCUGAGAAGCUCGAUUCCAUGUUGGCUAGUCUUCCCUCAAAAUCCGUCGACUUGUCAUUCUUGACGGCCAGACCCUCUGCUUUAUUUGAGCAACUUUCCCAGGCUUUCGCGCUCUCCCGUAGCAGUGAUGAGGCUAUCGCCCGGUUUCAGACUUUGUCGCUAUGGGGCGAUCCUCAGGAACAGCCUUCGGAUUUGCAAACGAGCUUUUUGUUGCGGGUUGCCUGCAGCGCUGUUCCAGCCUCGCACCAAGCCACGGCGCUUCAAAUUCUCUCCGGAGGUUUCGAGAAGCGGUCCCAACAGCCGUCACAAUUGUUACUUCCUUAUCUAACGGCUCUGCUGGCUGAUCCAGCUCAGGCUGUGAGACGAGCAACCGUUGCCUGUGUACUGGCUUUGCGGAAACGCUUUUCGGAGCUUUCAAAAGAAGAUGCCGGUGCGUCGAAGGGGACAGAUGUUUAUGAUGGCCUGACCAUGACGAACAUCAAGUUACUGCCACCGAGCCAGACGGUCAAGCUCCUCGAUCAGGUUUAUCUCCCGACUCUGGAAGAAUGUGUCCUUGAUGCUUCGCACAUACGCGCGGCACUAGAGAUUGCUUUCGAUAGUCCUUCUCGGUCUUCUUCCACGGGCGUUAAAGCCGCCAAAGUCGAGCUGAAGAAGUCUUUGAAACACGAUUUAUUCGAACUACUGACAGACUGCGCAGUAGGUAGUCCCCUAUUGAAAGUCAGACUUCGCAUUAUCGAGCUACUCGUUGGUGUCCAAAAAGUGGGCAGCACAAGCACGAGCAAGGCUUUGGCGCCUGUGAUCAAGCACUGGGCAUCGCUGAACGAAGAUGAGGCUCAGGGGCUGGCCACAUUGAACGGACUGUCACUUUCUCACGUUGACGCUGUAAUGGUUCAAGUUAUCAAUGGUCAAAGCAAAGACGCAGUUGAACAAGUUCUUGGGAUGCUGAAUGAGGCAAGAUCUCAUAUGAGGUCGGACUUGGUGGGAGCCUUUUUCGAACGACUUCUCGUCAUCUGGAAAGACCUCCGGCACGAAUCGCAAUUUAUAUCUGGAGCUGCAUUGUUCCAGAUGGCAUUCUCCGACUUCAGCAGCAUCGCAAGCGGGAGCCGUAACGUACUACAGUCCGUUACACUUUCGACAGAUUUACUUUCUUCCUUCCUCGAAUUAUCAUACGCAAGUGUUGCUGAGCUGCAGAUUGAUGCACCACCUAAAAAGAAGCGGAGAACCAGCCAUGGUCGUGACAGUCUCCCUCGGGAAUUGCUCGUGGCGAUGAAUGACAUGGAAUCGCGGCUAACGUUUGCCUUAGAGCUUCUCGAAAACUCCGGACCCGAAAAUCAUUCUCGAUUGAUGGGAGAUUUAUUUGAAGUCCUGGUCACACUGAGACGCACUGCAAGCAGCGGCGUUCCAGAGUCUCCUUACUUGAUCACUUUGUGCCUGAGCAGUAUAUUGGCCAUCGUUGCCAAAGCACGAGAAGCGCGAAAACCCGACAUUGAUGUAUCAAAGAUUCGCGCCGACUUGGUCAUCGACUGUGCUCGGUCUUCGGAGAACCCUCAGGUUCAAAGCACGGCCUUGUUACUCGCGGCGUCUUUGGCAUCUUUGGUGCCUGACAGGAUAUUGCAUACUAUCAUGCCGAUAUUUACUUUCAUGGGCCACAACCUAUUCGCGAAAGAAGAUGAAAGGUCAAUCUACGUCACAAACCAAGCAAUCGACCAAAUAAUUCCUCCUUUGGUUGCAACUUUGAAGAAACAGGAUGCCAAUAACCUGGUCCAUUCGACAUCUAGCCUGCUUUCGAGCUUUGUCACGGCAUUCGACCAUAUUCCGCCACAUCGGCGAGUUGCAUUCUACCAGAGAUUGCUGAACAGACUCGGUACUGAAGACUUUGCCUUUGCAAUCAUCGCCAUGCUUGCCUCGAGGAGACGGCAGCAGGAUACGUCAGCUUUCUUCUCGAAUUUGAUGGAUGCAUUGCCGGCUGCGACACAAAUAUCAACGCAGAGAGAGAUACUCGGGUUGGUGAAUGAUGUCUUCUCCACAAAUCCUCAUAAUGCAGAGCCCUUGCUUGACAUCACAAAGACCAGCAAGAAAGAACAACGAGAGCAAGAAGCCGAGGUCCUGCUCCAAACUUCUGCAAAACUGCUUGCAUCGAAAGGCUUCAAAGCGCAAGUCAAGCGCAUAGGCAGAUUGGGUGAGUCCGUUACCGAUGCAUUCUGGACCCAGUACAGAAAUUGCCUCACCCAGCUGCUGUCCAUGCUCAAGGAUCAAAAAGUGCAUCACCCAGCUUUGACAUCGUCCACACGGAAAUGUCUGAGCGCACUGUUGGAGUUGCCCUCACUAGCAGAGCUGCUGCAUGUUAUGCCUAAUCUCCUACAGGAGAUGGAACAAGUGGAUGACAAGGAGCUGCAACCUCUAGCCUUGCGUGUAUUGGCUACACAACUUCGACAUAACGCACCGAAAGAUAGCAAGACUCAGUCUGAGGCGAUGGCUCUCCUGCCUACUAUCGAGACUGUGAUUGACUCUACCAAGGAUGAAGCACUCAGACACGCAGCUAUCGCGUGCUUGGAUCGCAUUAUCGAGGUUUACGGCCGCAAGAGUCCCGAAGCGAUCAUGGCCGUUUCAAAUGUUUUGAUCGAUUCCGACUAUGGUCUCAACUCCCAAGACUCCAGGACGCAGGUCAUGUCUCUUCUCUGCUUGGCUUCUGCAAUGGAGGUCUUAAGAGAGGCAGCUGUCCCAAUUGUGCCACAGUCAAUGUCAAAGGUGCUGAGUUUGUUGGAUUCGAGCAUCGCAGACAAUGUCCGGAAUGCCGAGUUGCACAAUGCGGCUUUCACACUUCUGUCAUCGUUCUUGUCUCACGUGUCGUUCAUGGUGUCUGACGAGAAUGUGUCUGAGAUUCUGAAGGUGUGCCGCAAAUCAUGCUUCGCCAAUUUGGGAGCAUAUUGCAAAGAAUCCCGGGUUGAAACAUUGAGCUUGGUGGCCAACAGGAUCGAUCUGAGUACGGUAAUGGCCAGUCUGAACCAGGUGUGGAAGGAUACCUCACCAGAGCUCGAACUCGAAACGGUGACAGAAUAUCUCGAUCUUCUCUCUCAAGCUAUCAAACGUUGUACAAAGUCCACAGUCGUCCGCAACGCAGAGUCAAUAUCCACGUUCAUGCUGCAAGUGUUGGACCUCCGACGUCAGGCAGUCUCCGACAAUGGUCAAAACAGCUUGUCACCAGAGGAUAUCACCGCAAUCGAAUCGCAACUUCAAUUACUAGCUAUUCCAUUCAUCUACAAACUCAACGACACGACCUUCCGGCCGCUGUUUGAGACCUGGAUCGAGUGGGCAGUCAAACCCACUGAUCUGUCUGAAGCCGAGUUCACCAACGCCGCAAAGACUGCACGAACAUCGAGUCUCUUUGGGUUUGUCAACCACUUCUUUGCCACACUGAAGAGUAUUGCGACGAGCUUUGCAGGGUAUGUCCUUGGACCGGCGAACGAUAUCCUUCGUUCUACAAUCUCAUCCUCUAAUGCUGCUCUCUCGGAUCAUGAUGUUGCGCUGUACAAGUCGACCCUUAGAUUGCUGCGGACAGUCAUGGAACAUGAUGCAGAUGGCUUCUUCGCGUCGCCCAGCCACUUCUCUCCGCUGUCGGAGCUGCUGGUAUCACAACUCACUCUCUCUUCCAUCAAAUCCAAAGCCCUUCGUGCCGUCAUUCCGGAACUGGUCAUCCCUGCCAUCGUGGCCCUGGCAACGAGUACGAUGGACACGCCCUCGCACCACCAUGCGAUAAAUCACAAUUUGUGCCAAUUGCGGCACGAUGAAAGUGCUGGCGUGAGGUUGAGCGGGAUAAGAACUCACCUCGCGCUCACGCAGGAUGAGAAUGUGGGCGAGGAAUGGGUCAAUAACGUCGUUGUUGGCGCAAGUACUGAAGGUGUGGGUGGAAGUGGUGAGACUAUGGUAUAUGUAAAUGAGAGCCUCGAGGACGAUGACGAGGAAGUUGAACAAGAAGUACGCCGGUGGGUGCAGGUUGUGAGGGAAAUGGUUGGGGAGGAUGUUUUCGAAGCCUAGUCAGUGACAACAAGAUCGCGCAUAGGCAUGAUGGGAUGGAUGAUGCACGCAGAGUGUCAUCGAUUUACAGUGUGAGAUUGCUAUCUGACUAAAUGCGGAAGAUAUUAGACAGCCAUCACAGCCUUGCGAGAAGUUGACGGCCGAGUGUUGAACAGUGCAGCCUUGUCAAGAGGUGCUUUUCUCUGAAGCAAUAAGAGUGUCAAUCUCG